AUGAUGGAACGACAGUAUCGUCAGCGGCACGAUGAGGACGAACCAUGGGUUCACCACCGCGUUAAAGAGAACAAUGGCCAGCAUCUGCAGCGCGCCCGUCGUCAUGGCAUCGAGGGACUCACCAACACCGUGGUCGGCUGUCUCCUGGUCNCGGCUGAAGAUACCAGUGAUGGUGCUGCCAGCGUUCACAUCGAAGUACGACACCGGUGCACGAAACAUGCGCUCAACCGCCGCGGCGUGGAUGUGAUUGAUCGCGUUCCGCACAACGUGGAAGGAGACACGCAUGCGUGGAAUUGCGAACACCGCCGCCGCCGCACCCACAAUAAAAUAAAGCAGGAGGAACACGACGGGGCCUGUGGGCUUUCUCGAGAUCCACAGACUCAGCCAGACGUCUCGGCCGAACUGCAGCACGUGCUGCACAACGCCGCUGAGCACAAGCCAGAACAGACUGGGGCCCAUGAAGGAGAAGAAGCGACCCAAUUGCGCGCGGCCGUGGCCAAGACUGUUGCGUCCUAG